GUGGGGACUCCCAGCACCACGGACGGAGCUGGACGGUCGGGCGUCCCAGGCGUUGACCCUCCUGCCAUCGCUACCCCGUUCCGCCCAGCGAGGCGGGGUGCGGGGCACCCGUGCAAGGCGAAGGAGGCUGGGGAGCUGCCCGUUCUGGGGGCCCGUCCCUCACGGAGCCCACCCACGCGGGACGCCCGUUCCCAGGGGGCCGGAUCAGCCAGGACUUUGUCCCCGUGGGCUCAAUUAGGACCCCGAUCUUCGGUGGAGCCCAGUGAGGACCCCUACGCCAUGGUGGGACCCCAUGAAUCAGAACCCCUGUUCCCCGUGGAGAUAGGUUAGGACCUCGGUCCUCUGUGGAGCCCCGUCAAGACUUUUCUGCCCCAUAGGGUCCGUUCGAUCAGGAACCCCGUCUCCGGUGGGGCUCUGCAAAUCAGGACGUCUUGUGGGGGGCAGCUCAGUGGGAACCCCCGUUCCCCAUGGGGCCCAGGAGGAUCUCAUUUUAGAGCCCAGUUGGUUGGGGCACCCGUUUCUAGGGACCCCACUGCGUCAGGACCCCGCACCCUGUGCAGCUCAGGAGUCAAAGGAUUCCUUUUGUCCAGAAGCCCAAUUUGGGACCCCAGAAAGAUUGGUCGGCUUGUGCUCCUCUCCCCUCCCUCCCUGGGGCUUCCGCUUCCGGUUCUGACGGACGCUUCGGCCGUAACGAUGAUCGGAGACAUCCUGCUGUUCGGGACGUUGCUGAUGAAUGCCGGGGCGGUGCUGAACUUCAAGCUGAAAAAGAAGGACACGCAGGGCUUUGGGGAGGAGUCCAGGGAGCCCAGCACAGGUGACAACAUCCGGGAAUUCUUGCUGAGCCUCAGAUACUUUCGAAUCUUCAUCGCCCUGUGGAACAUCUUCAUGAUGUUCUGCAUGAUCGUGCUGUUCGGCUCUUGAAUCCUAGCGAUGAAACCAGGAACUCACUUUCCCGGGAUGCUGAGUCUCCAUUCCUCCAUUCCUGAUGACUUCAAGAAUGUUUUUGACAGAAAACUGACAACCUUCCCAGAAAGUCCAAGCUUGUGGUGGGUGGAAAAGUGUUCGUCGAGGUGUGCAUGGUUUCCCAGCCACGUCCCUAUUUUCAAAGAUAGUUUCACUUUGGUCUCUGAAUUGAAAUGCUGUCUACUGAAAGGGUUUCAGGAGCGUUUAUGUAAGGGGCUGUGAUGAAAUUGCAUUCCCCAUAGAUAAAAGAAAAAUCAUUUCUAUCCAGAGAUCUGAGCAGAAGGAUUGGCUUGUUAGUUUAACACAGCCGUGUUUUUGGACAUUCAGUGUUACUUGCUGAGUCUGACAGCCUCUGGGCCCAGCCAGGGGCCCUGUUAACAAACUCCUUUCACAUCCCAAGAGGGUCUGCUUGGCCAUUCAGUGCAGCUGCGAUUAACCCUAAAGGCUUUAAGGAACGGGCCACCUGUAACAGAGACACCAGCCUUCCUGUAUAGACACUAAAUUGUUAGCAAGAGUGUUGAGCUAGUUCCUGGUGAAGUGUUUCCACAGAAGACAUGUGGAGCAGUUGUGGGGAUAUUAAGGGAAACUUUCCUCUGCCUUGACCCCUUUGUUAAAUAAAAUGACUUUGGGAGCCAUUCAUUGUACAGUUGCAGGAAUGAGAGUGAUUUUAUGAUGUGGUGACAUUGGGACCAUGUUCUAAAACCUUGGGUUUCUGAGUCUGCUUUUUGAGUAGGUGAUUUUGAGGUUGAAAAACCAGGGGCCUCCAUCUAGGAAAUAUAGCAUUUUCCAGAAGCUUCUUUGAAAGGGAAUCCUGGUUUCGUUGCCAAAAUGAAACGCCCGGGGUUGGCGCUGAAUCCCACAACUGUGUGAUUUGCUUGUUGAGUUUUUUGUUGUCUGGUUUUUUUGUUUGUUUGUUUAUACCAAUAAGAAUGAGCCUGAAUGUUGGUGGUUUUUGAAAUCCUGACUUGGAGGUAAACCUGGAGGAAGGAAAAAAAGUAAAUAUGCAGGCUUUUAGGACUGAGUAGCCUUGAAAAUAAACCUCAUUUCUAAAAAGGA